CAUCCCAAUCCUCUGGACUCCUACUUGCAUUUAAAUCUUUCCCCAUGAAAGUUAUCCACACCUGCAGUAUGUUCAUCAUCUUCUCAACUCCCCACAUCAAAACCAGAUCUCUCAAUUGGGUUUUCCUCCAAUGUUUCACAUGAAGAAAUUGUUUUUUUUGACACAAUGAACAGAACCCAGGUGCUAAAUUUGAUUCUUGCACUGACUUCAUCAACAACUUUGGUGUUUUUCCUACUUUUCAUCUACUUUUACUGCAAGAAAACUGCAAAGAGUGAGCAAAAGGAUAUGGAAAAAAUAGAGCAGAAGCAAGAGGAAGUCGUGGAGGCAGAGGAGCUGGUGACUUUUCAGGAUGGGGAUGACUUAACAAUAUGUGACAUUCUGGAUGCUCCGGGGGAAGUGAUCGGAAAAUCAAACUUCGGUACGCUGUAUAAGGCCCUGUUGCAGAGCAGCAACUCGGUGAAGUUGCUGAGGUUUUUGAGGCCUGUUUGCACUGCAAAAGUUCAAGAUUUUGGUGAAGUUAUUCGGCUUUUGGGGUGCAUAAGGCAUCAUAAUUUGGUCCCUCUUUUGGGAUUUUAUGCAGGGCCGAGAGGUGAGAAGCUUUUGAUUCAUCCGUUUUAUUGGCGCGGCAAUCUGGCUCAGUUUGUGAGAGAAAGCAAUCCUGACUCUCACAAAUGGCCCAUAAUCUAUAAAAUCUCAGUUGGUAUAGCCGAAGGCUUGGAUCACCUUCACACCGGCUUUGAAAGGCCGAUAAUUCACGGCAAUCUCAAGUCGAAAAACAUACUCUUGGGUCACCAUUAUUGCCCUUUCAUAUCCGAUUUCAGCCUCCAUCUUCUGCUGAAUCCAACUACUGGCCAUGAAAUGCUUGAAGUCUCGGCAUCCGAAGGCUACAAAGCACCUGAGCUGAUGAAAAUGAGGGAUGUGAACGAAGAGACCGAUAUAUACAGUCUUGGGGUUAUCUUGCUUGAAUUUCUCACAGGGAAGGAACCCAUCAACCAAAACCCUACAACUCCUGAUAAGGAUUUUAGUUUGCCAGAUUUCAUGAGAAAUGCAGUGCUUAGACAUAGAAUUCAUGACUUGUUCCAUCCAGAUUUGCUUCUCAAUAGCAGCGCUGGCUACGGAGAAAUCCCCGUCACAAAAGAAAGGAUUCUCAAACUCUUUCAGCUUGCUAUGGCAUGUUGUGCUCCUUCUCCAUCACUUAGACCGAACUCCAAGCAAGUUCUGUCGAAGCUUGAAGAAAUUGGAAACUGA